CCUCAGACGCAGCAGACCUCAGACAAAGACACUCCUUCGCCUUGUCUCAUUACAUUGCAUAAUAACGACAAGCCAUCAUGCGCGAGUGUAUCUCCAUCCACGUCGGUCAGGCCGGUGUCCAGAUUGGCAAUGCCUGCUGGGAGCUUUACUGCCUGGAACAUGGGAUCCAGCCGGACGGACAGAUGCCCAGUGACAAGACCAUCGGAGGAGGAGAUGAUUCCUUCAACACCUUCUUCAGUGAGACUGGAGCUGGAAAGCACGUCCCCAGGGCUGUUUUUGUGGACCUGGAGCCCACUGUCAUCGAUGAGGUGCGCACUGGGACCUACCGCCAGCUUUUCCACCCUGAGCAGCUGAUCACUGGUAAGGAGGAUGCUGCCAACAACUACGCCCGUGGACACUACACCAUCGGCAAAGAGAUCAUCGACCUGGUGCUGGACAGGAUCCGCAAACUGGCUGACCAGUGCACUGGCCUUCAGGGCUUCCUGGUCUUCCACAGCUUCGGAGGUGGCACCGGCUCUGGUUUCACCUCCCUGCUGAUGGAGCGUCUGUCUGUCGACUAUGGCAAGAAGUCCAAGCUGGAGUUCUCCAUCUACCCAGCUCCCCAGGUGUCCACCGCUGUGGUGGAGCCCUACAACUCCAUCCUGACCACCCACACCACCCUGGAGCACUCUGACUGUGCCUUCAUGGUAGAUAACGAGGCCAUCUACGAUAUCUGCCGUAGGAACCUCGAUAUCGAGCGUCCUACUUACACCAACCUGAACAGGUUGAUCAGUCAGAUCGUGUCCUCCAUCACUGCUUCCCUUCGUUUCGAUGGUGCUCUCAAUGUUGAUCUGACAGAGUUCCAGACCAACUUGGUGCCAUAUCCCCGUAUCCACUUCCCUCUGGCCACCUAUGCCCCUGUCAUCUCAGCUGAGAAAGCUUACCAUGAGCAGCUCUCAGUGGCUGAGAUCACAAACGCCUGCUUUGAGCCAGCCAAUCAGAUGGUAAAAUGCGACCCUCGCCACGGCAAAUACAUGGCUUGUUGCCUCUUGUAUCGUGGUGAUGUGGUGCCCAAAGAUGUCAAUGCUGCCAUUGCCACCAUCAAAACCAAACGCUCCAUCCAGUUUGUGGACUGGUGCCCCACUGGUUUCAAGGUUGGCAUCAACUACCAGCCACCCACUGUGGUUCCUGGUGGAGACCUGGCCAAGGUCCAGAGGGCCGUGUGCAUGCUGAGCAACACCACUGCUAUUGCAGAGGCCUGGGCUCGGCUCGACCACAAGUUUGACCUGAUGUACGCUAAGCGUGCCUUUGUUCACUGGUAUGUAGGUGAGGGUAUGGAGGAGGGAGAGUUCUCUGAGGCCAGAGAGGACAUGGCAGCUCUGGAGAAGGAUUACGAGGAGGUUGGUGUCGACUCCAUUGAGGGUGAGGGAGAGGAGGAAGGAGAGGAGUAGGCCCGAUAAGUAAAUGUAACUUGAAAGUGUCAUUCCUGAAGAAUAUACACAAGCACAAUAUUACAUUUGUAUUUACAUGUGUAAUAUUGUGUUUAUGUUCUUAAUAUAUAAACGAUAUAUGUAGUAGUAAAAAGAAAUGUAACUGUAUGGACUGUAAAUAAAUCUGUGAAAAAUAAA